AUGCAAGCUCUGCAAGCUUUAGAAGCUAUAGACCAAGUAGAAAAUGCUCAGCGGAUUUAUUAUGCAGCAGUGAGUGGCAGCAGAGCAGCAGCUGUCAUUACAUCACCACCCACUUUUCAACAAGAGAGGCCCAGGAGGAUAAGGAAUCUGAAUCCUCGCCACUCGGUCGCUGAGCAAGAGAAUAUAGCUCGCCAGGAUUUUUUGGCAGUUGCAGAAUCGAAUGCAGAGUCAAUGAGGGUAUGUUAUUACAUUUUAAGCUAA